AUGGAAUCCUGGGGCGGUGCAGCUUCUGCUGGUCUUGGUUUACUUCAGUAUUGCAACCUCAACAGCUUCAGAACGAAGUUCAUAAUUGGUUUCUCUUUCUUCAUGGGCCUUUCGGUGCCACAGUACUUCAAUGAUUAUGUGGUAAAUACUGGUUUGGGUCCUGUUCGCACUCAUUCUGCUUGGUUCAACACGGUAAUGCUAGUGAUCUUCACGUCGCCAGCCGUGGUGGCAGCCAUGGUUGCGGUGUUCUUGGACAACACCUUUGCUCGUAAACAUCCCUCCACUCGGAAAGACAGUGGUAGGCACUGGUGGGCAAAGUUCAAAUAUUUCGAUAAAGAUGCCCGAAGUGCAGAAUUCUAUUCUCUCACUCUCAAUCUUACAAAAUACUUUCCUUCGGUCUGAUAUAGUGCAAUUGCAUAUUGGAGUUCAAGAGGACUACAUAAACAGUAUCAUUUGAAAUUCAUUCUGCCGAUGAAUGACCUUACUAGUAUACGAUGGCAUAAAAAAAAAUAUACGAUGGCAGUGAUGUUGAAAUCUACGAUGAUCGAACAAG